AUGCUUGUUUCCUAUUCUUACUGCGUCGUCCCUUUCUCUACCCUCAUCCGUUCUCUAACCUCAUCAUUUCUCUACCCUCUUUCCCCCUGCGCGCUCAUCCCCCCUGCGCGCUCAUCCCCCCACUCCUCCCCCUUUCUUCCCCAGAGGGCGAACGAGGCGAUGCAGGGCGAGCGGGGCGUUUGGUUCGAAUGCGCGCAGGGAGGGGGAGAGGGCCAGCAAGCAAGAGUGAGUUGUAUCUCGUCCCCCUUUCCCCUCUCCUUCCGCCUUCCCUCCUUUCCCCCUUUGCCCGUCCCCCUUUGCCCUUCCUCCUUUGCUGUCCCCCUUUCUCUUUUCCCCCCUUUCCCCUUCCUCUUUUGUCCGUCCUCCUUUGCCCAUCCCCCUUUGCCCGUCCCCCUUUGCCCGUCCCCCUUUGCCCAUCCCCCUUUGCCCGUCCCUUUUUCCCUUCCUCUUUGCCCAUCCCCUUUUGCCCAUCCCCCUUUGCCCGUCCCCCUUUGCCCAUCCCCCUUUGCCCGUCCCUUUUUGCCCUUCCCCUUUCACCCUUUCUCCUUUGCCCGUCCCCCUUUUGCUCCUCAAGCCCUCACCAUCGGAGGGUCUGGCCCCUCGUGCCUCUUUGCCUUCUGUGAUGUGGCCUUCAAGGAGUGGAGUGUUUUUUUGUUGAUGUGGGCGCAGCACAUGGGAUGGAGAGCACAUGUAUUGGCGGACAGAGCACAUGUAUUGGCGGACAGAGCACAUGUAUUGGCGGACAGAGCACAUGUAUUGGCGGAAAGAGCACAUGUAUUGGCGGACAGAGCACAUGUAUUGGCGGACAGAGCACAUGUAUUGGCGGACAGAGCACAUGUAUUGGCGGACAGAGCACAUGUAUUGGCGGACAGAGCACAUGUAUUGGCGGACAGAGCACAUGUAUUGGCGGACAGAGCACAUGUAUUGGCGGACAGAGCACAUGUAUUGGCGGACAGAGCACAUGUAUUGGCGGACAGAGCACAUGUAUUGGCGGACAGAGCACAUGUAUUGGCGGACAGAGCACAUGUAUUGGCGGACAGAGCACAUGUAUUGGCGGACAGAGCACAUGCCUUUGUGCUGAAGGCGGGGUCAUCGCCAUGGCUUGAGACGGGUGAUGCGACAAGGGUGAAGGCCUUUGUGUUCUCCCCUGUCUGCACGUCCUGUCCUGCCAGGCCUUUGUGCUGGAGGCGGGGUCACCCGAGACGGGGCGAUUUGGGGAUGUGUGCGCACCGUCACGUGCUGGUUGUCAACCCCGCUCUAUCUGCUUCCUCCCAUUUCCCCCUCUCCUCCUCCACGCCCUUUCCCAUCUCCACCCUCCUUUCCCAUCUCCACCCUCCUUUCCCAUCUCCACCCUCCUUUCCCUCAUUCACGCAUCACCGCAUUCCCUCAUUCACGCAUCACCGCAUUCCCUCAUUCACGCAUCACCGCAUUCCCUCAUUCACGCAUCACCGCAUUCCCUCAUUCACGCAUCACCGCAUUCCCUCAUUCACGCAUCACCGCAUUCCCUCAUUCACGCAUCACCGCAUUCCCUCAUUCACGCAUCACCGCAUUCCCUCAUUCACGCAUCACCGCAUUCCCUCAUUCACGCAUCACCGCAUUCCCUCAUUCACGCAUCACCGCAUUCCCUCAUUCACGCAUCACCGCAUUCCCUCAUUCAGGCAUCACCGCAUUCCCUCAUUCAGGCAUCACCUCAUUCCCUCAUUCACGCAUCACCGCAUUCCCUCAUUCACGCAUCACCGCAUUCCCUCAUUCACGCAUCACCGCAUUCCCUCAUUCACGCAUCACCGCAUUCCCUCAUUCACGCAUCACCGCAUUCCCUCAUUCACGCAUCACCGCAUUCCCUCAUUCACGCAUCACCGCAUUCCCUCAUUCACGCAUCACCGCAUUCCCUCAUUCACGCAUCACCGCAUUCCCUCAUUCACGCAUCACCGCAUUCCCUCAUUCACGCAUCACCGCAUUCCCUCAUUCACGCAUCACCGCAUUCCCUCAUUCACGCAUCACCGCAUUCCCUCAUUCACGCAUCACCGCAUUCCCUCAUUCACGCAUCACCGCAUUCCCUCAUUCACGCAUCACCGCAUUCCCUCAUUCACGCAUCACCGCAUUCCCUCAUUCACGCAUCACCGCAUUCCCUCAUUCACGCAUCACCGCAUUCCCUCAUUCACGCAUCACCGCAUUCCCUCAUUCACGCAUCACCGCAUUCCCUCAUUCACGCAUCACCGCAUUCCCUCAUUCACGCAUCACCGCAUUCCCUCAUUCACGCAUCACCGCAUUCCCUCAUUCACGCAUCACCGCAUUCCCUCAUUCACGCAUCACCGCAUUCCCUCAUUCACGCAUCACCGCAUUCCCUCAUUCACGCAUCACCGCAUUCCCUCAUUCACGCAUCACCGCAUUCCCUCAUUCACGCAUCACCGCAUUCCCUCAUUCACGCAUCACCGCAUUCCCUCAUUCAGGCAUCACCGCAUUCCCUCAUUCAGGCAUCUCCUCAUUCCCUCAUUCACGCAUCUCCUCAUUCCCUCAUUCACGCAUCUCCUCAUUCCCUCAUUCACGCAUCACCGCAUUCCCUCAUUCACGCAUCACCGCAUUCCCUCAUUCACGCAUCACCGCAUUCCCUCAUUCACGCAUCACCGCAUUCCCUCAUUCACGCAUCACCGCAUUCCCUCAUUCACGCAUCACCGCAUUCCCUCAUUCACGCAUCACCGCAUUCCCUCAUUCACGCAUCACCGCAUUCCCUCAUUCACGCAUCACCGCAUUCCCUCAUUCACGCAUCACCGCAUUCCCUCAUUCACGCAUCACCGCAUUCCCUCAUUCACGCAUCACCGCAUUCCCUCAUUCACGCAUCACCGCAUUCCCUCAUUCACGCAUCACCGCAUUCCCUCAUUCACGCAUCACCGCAUUCCCUCAUUCACGCAUCACCGCAUUCCCUCAUUCACGCAUCACCGCAUUCCCUCAUUCACGCAUCACCGCAUUCCCUCAUUCACGCAUCACCGCAUUCCCUCAUUCACGCAUCACCGCAUUCCCUCAUUCACGCAUCACCGCAUUCCCUCAUUCACGCAUCACCGCAUUCCCUCAUUCACGCAUCACCGCAUUCCCUCAUUCACGCAUCACCGCAUUCCCUCAUUCACGCAUCACCGCAUUCCCUCAUUCACGCAUCACCGCAUUCCCUCAUUCACGCAUCACCGCAUUCCCUCAUUCACGCAUCACCGCAUUCCCUCAUUCACGCAUCACCGCAUUCCCUCAUUCACGCAUCACCGCAUUCCCUCAUUCACGCAUCACCGCAUUCCCUCAUUCACGCAUCACCGCAUUCCCUCAUUCACGCAUCACCGCAUUCCCUCAUUCAGGCAUCACCGCAUUCCCUCAUUCAGGCAUCUCCUCAUUCCCUCAUUCACGCAUCUCCUCAUUCCCUCAUUCACGCAUCUCCUCAUUCCCUCAUUCACGCAUCUCCUCAUUCCCUCAUUCACGCAUCUCCUCAUUCCCUCAUUCACGCAUCUCCUCAUUCCCUCAAUCAUCAGGCAUCACGCAAUCCCUUCUUCAGGCAAUCAUACCAGUAACCCAAUACAGCGUGUUGGUAUCACUUGCAGGAUGCAUGUUGGCAUGAGUUACAGCAUCCAUAUGUUGGCAUGUGUUACAGCAUGCAUGUUGGUGUGA